AAAUCUAUUACUUUUAUAUUUACAAAUUUUUCAUCUAAUGGGAGUUUAACUUUUGCAGUGAUUUUUGACAUCAUUGAAUCAUGCCGAGAAGUAAAACUGUUAAUGUGAAGGAGAUUUUACAAGAAGAUGAUGACAUUCAAUAUCCAGAUUCAGAAAAUAUGGAAUAUGAUGACGAUGAUGACGAUGUUGUUUAUGAAGAUGAUGAGGAUGUUAAUACUGAUGAGGACGAGGACGAGAACUGGGAAGAGGACGAGAACGGGGACGAGGACGAGGAUGUUAAUGCUGGUUUGGUUAAACCGACAGGCAAAGGGAAGAAGAAGCCGGGAGUCAUGGAGAAGAAAGUAAUGGUUAAGAGUGAGUUGGUUGAAAUAAAAACCAAAGGGAAGAAGGCAAGGAUUAAGGCUGAGGUUGAUGCUAAUGUUCCUGUUGAUGCUGAAAAUGAUGUCCAGAUCUUGGAUAGGGGUUGCAGUACUUCAAACUUGACUACCCAGUGUAGACCAACUGCUUUGUUAGCUGUCAUAGAAACAUUCAAUUCAAAUCAAAUUAAGGCUGUUUAAGAAAUUGGAUUCGGUUGGUUGUUAUCUUUACCUACUCAAACUUCUAAGUUAGAUACAACAUUAUUUCCCUGGUUGAUUGAUCAUUUUGAUCCUGUUAGUUGGUUGUUUAAAAUUGAAGCUGGAAAGGAAUUCAUAUUUAGUCCAUGUGAUGUGCAUGAUGUGUUUCUUCUCCCAUUACAUUCUGACAAUCCUAUUAUAGAUAGCAGCACUAGGACUAAGGAUGUAGGUUUGAAAAAUCAGUGGAGAGACUACUUUAAAGUUAAAAAAAUGCAACCAUUCCAUUGCGUCUGUUGGAGAUUAAGAUGGGUGAAUUAGUGGAAGGUGGAGAAAUGUUCAAGCGAAUAUUUGUGAUGUUUGCAUUCUCUGUUUUCUUAGCUCCUAUAGCUAAUAGGACUGCUGAUUUGGGUUUAGUUAAAGUUCUUGAGGAUGUAGAUGAAAUAAAGAAUCUUGAUUGGUGUGGAUAUGUCCAUGAGAGACUUUGUCGAGCUAUUAGGAAGCAUAAAACUUCAGGCUGCCAGGGUAAUGUUGGUGGUUGUUUAUGGGUUUUACAAGUUGUCUAUUUUCAUCGUCUUCAAUUUAGGGGCAUUGCAGAGAGUUGUAGUCUUCCGUUGAUGAAGCAUUGGUCUGGUACUAAAAUUCAUGAAAGGCUUGUUUUGGAAAAGGAUUCAGCUUGCUUUGGCAGUGGUUUAUUAAAUACUGUGACCUACCCUGUUUGUCAGAAGUUGGGUUUUGAAGAAGGUUUUGCCAAGAUUUGUGGUAGGCAUGAUGUUGUGAACGAUGAUGAGAACCAUAUACGGUUCGUCAUUCCUGAUGGACAAUUGUCAAAUUCAGCAA